ACCACUGCACAGAAGCAUGAAUAAACCUCAGGCACACAAGUAGUUAACAGCUGGUCUGAGAACACUGCUGGGAUCUGAAAUCUGUGCACCACAGAUUGGAAACCAGCAUGCACAGCAAACACUGGAAUCAGAGAGUGAAGCAAGGCUGAGCAAACUCUGGGAUACUAUAGGAUAUCCUGGCACACAGUACAGGAGACUGAGUAAACCUGAAUCUUUAGAACAUGGAAAAAACUGUGGCUAUAAUUGGUGCUGGAAUCAGUGGACUUGCCGCUCUGAAAUGCUGCUUGGAAAUUGGGCUUCAUGCAACUUGCUUUGAAAAAGGCAACUGUGUUGGAGGACUAUGGAAGUUUAUGGAUCAUGCGGAAGAUGGGAGGGCUAGUAUCUACCGCUCUGUUUUCACCAAUGCUUGCAAGGAAAUGAUGUGCUAUCCGGACUUCCCUAUACCUGAUGAGUACCCAAACUUCAUGCAUAACACUGUGUUCUUGGAGUACUUGAACCUUUAUGCCAAGCAUUUUGAUCUGUUCAGAAAUAUUAAGUUUAAGACUGCUGUGGUUAGUAUACAGAAACGCUCAGACUUUGCGGUUACUGGACAAUGGGACGUUGUUACAGAAGAUGAUGGAAAACAGAAGUCAACCAUCUUUGAUGCUGUUCUUGUAUGCACUGGUCAUCACGUUUAUCCAAAUCUUCCACUUCAAUCCUUCCCUGGUAUUGAAAAAUUCAAAGGCAAGUACAUGCACAACAGAGAUUACAAGAAGCCUGCAGACUUUGCUGGGAAACGGGUGCUUGUAGUUGGUUUGGGCAAUUCAGGAGCUGAUAUUGCUGUAGAGCUAGGACGUACUGCUGAAAAGGUCAUACUUAGCACUAGGAGUGGGUCCUGGAUUAUGAGCCGUGUAUGGGAUGAUGGAUAUCCUUGGGACAUGGUCUAUUUGACCCGUUAUCAGUCCUUCCUUAACAGCAUUUUACCAAGAGCUAUUUCUGACUGGCUGUAUGAAAGAAUGAUGGAGAAAAGAUUCAACCACAGUCGCUAUGGCUUGGUGCCUGUGAACAAGAGCCUGAGGAAAGAGCCUGUUUUCAAUGAUGAUCUGGCGGCCUCCAUUACCUGUGGCACUGUAGUAGUUAGGCCUAACAUCAAGCGGUUUACUGAAACAGCUGCGGUCUUUGAAGAUGGCUCACUGAUGGAGAAUGUGGAUGUUGUCAUAUUUGCCACUGGUUACAGCUAUGCCUAUCCUUUUAUGGAUGAUGCCAUUGUCAAAAACAGUAAAAACAAAGUUUCUCUCUACAAAGGAGUCUUCCCUCCAACACUGGAAAAGCCAACAUUGGCAGUUAUUGGGUUAGUUCAGUCUUUAGGAGGGAUCCCGCCAACUUCUGAUGUCCAAGCUCGUUGGGCCGUGAGAGUUAUCAAGGGGCUGCGUAAGCUGCCACCAAAAGAGGCAAUGAUGAAUGAAUUAAAUGAAGAGGAAGGAGAGAAAAAGAGCUGGUUUGGUCGAAGUGAAACAUUGUCAACGGAUUACGUCUCUUACAUGGAUGAAUUAAGUUCUUUUAUUGGCUGCAAGCCGAAACUUGGUCUUCUCUUCCUUACUGAUCCAAUAUUGGCAUGGCAGGUGUUCUUUGGGCCUUGUAGUCCAUACCAAUUUCGACUACAUGGAGAAGGCAAAUGGGAUGGAGCAAGGAAGGCUAUAUUAAAUCAGUGGAAUAGAACUGUUGCAGCCACAAAAAUGAGGGUGGUAUCUUCUCAUCAAGAAUCAUCUGUCAUUAUGAUGUUGCUCAAGUUCCUCUUGAUACCUCUCCUUCUCUUUGCUGUGUAUGUGGCAUGGCUUUAAAAUACCUUUAAGAUGACCUAACAAAGGAACCUAAAAUUAUUGUUUUUUAAAAAUAGUGGAUUACAUAUUACUGCACAAUUUUUAGAAUCAUUAUAAUUUUACAUCAUUGUGUAGCGAUUAGUUGUCUUUUUUACUUUUUCAGAAUUGUAUUCAUUAUGACAAAUAUUUUAUUAAAAACACUUUUUAACUCAAA